AUGAAAGGUACCCUUGACUCUUCUUUUGGCUUGACUUGUAUGAUUGUACAUCAACACAUCGACACCGAUAAUCGAUAUCGCCAAGGUGACAUCAUAGAUCCUUCUUUUUAUUGUAUUGUUAUUGACACAUUGACACUGGCGCAUGAUCCAAGAUUGCAAACCAUACAACAAAGCCAAGAUCGAAUGCCUUCUAGUUGGAAUGACCCUGUUAGACAUCCAAUUGAAAUAUCUGUAUCAAAUAAAAUAGUUCUACCCAAAGUGCAAGUCAUGCUCGUUGUCCUGGUGAUGGCAUUGGCUGUGAUUCCGGUUGUGAUUCUGGUCGUAGUUCACGAAUAUUAUUGCUUAUAG